AUGCCUAAAGUAAAGUCAACAUCGAGGGGAUCAAAAUUCCAAUCUAAACGCAAAUCAACGGCAUCGAGUUCUUCAACAUCAUCAAGAGUAAGUCAAUCCACCUCCACCAAGAAAACCACGAAGAAACCCUUGUCCAUCCAUCGAUCAAGGAUGAAAUCACAUCCAUACAACAGAAACAGUAGUCUCGGCACCAUGAACAGUAAAAACACGCCGAAAAUCCCAACAAAUACAGCCACUAAAAAAACCUCAAAAAUAUCGAACACAAAAACUCCCAACCAUUUUCACAUCAAAACCUUUGAUAAUCGGUUUCUGGGAAACGGCGAUCUUUGGGGGCUCGAAAUUCUUGGAGACACAAAUGACGUUAUGCAUCUCGAUAACCAUGGGCCGAAAGUGUUUCGUGUGAACAGGAAUAAAGAGUUGUGUGAUGAGAAUGGGAAGACGAUUACUUUCUUGCCGCACAAUUCUGUGCAUGGCGCUUAUACUGUUAAAGUUCAAAGAGUUGAUAAACAAGUAGUCUUAGAGGCCAUUGAUCCAAAUAAUAAUAGCGGUGGGAAGUAUCUUGCAGCCGCUAAAGAUUGCUUGGAGUUUUCGUCAAUAGAUGAUCCGAAAUCAAAAUUCGAUUUAAUGACUACUCUUGACGAAUAA